AUGGCAUCCGAGGAUCCAGACGACCAGACCUCCUCUGCGUCCGGGAGCUCCAAUGCGAUCGCCCGCAAUGACGGGCCCUUUAUCCUGCGCACAUUGUUGGAGGAUGUGCCGUUGUCGGCAGAUGGCGCUGACGAGGGGACCAAGAUCAAUUGUGUUGAAUACCUAGACCACAACCUAUACAUCGGCACGAGCGCAUCCGAAUUGCUUCAUUUUGUCCAGAUCCCAGCCGACCCCGCCGACCCGGCCGGACGACCAUCUUUUAUACUUGCCUCCCGUCUGCGGCCGGCCUUUGCCGAGAACAGCAACGCCCUCCCAGGCAUUCAACAGAUUCUCCUUCUGCCCAAGGUCGGAAAGGCUUGUGUGCUUUGCAACCAGACCGUCACCUUCUACUCUCUGCCUGAAUUCAGCCCCGUAUUCGGAACCACGCAGGUGAAGAACUGCAACUGGGUUGGCGGAGUGGACUUGAACGAUCCCCAAGAUGAUGUUGACGAAUCCGCUGCAGGGGUAUUCAUCCUCCUAUCGCUGAUGCGAAGGAUUCAGGUUGUGAGGAUCGGGGAGGUUGCAAGAGCAGUCAAGAAUAUUGACGUACCCGGGACUACAAUAUCGAUUCGUCGCGACUCCAUUGCGUGUGUUGCUGAUUCACGAAGUUACUCCUUGCUCGAUGUUGGCAGGCAGCUUAGAAUUCCGCUCAUGACCAUAUCCUCCUUGGACGACUCACAACCUGCGGGUGAAAUAGGUCAGGCUCAAGAUAUCGCAGGCAGUGUAGAUGGAGGUAUCUUGAGAAGUGCAUCGGCCGCCCAUAACCGACCGCUCCUCUCCGCUGGUGACCCUCACGGCCAUGCUAGAAGCACGAGCCUGGGCGGUCUGCUCAGCGGUGGACGGAGGGACCUCAGCCCUCGAGGAGCCGACGAAAGCGCACGGCAAGGAUCUUCACCACCGACUCCAUCUGCCAGUCCAAGACCUUCGGGCGAAGGCCCCUUGCCGCCGCCAUUAACAGACAAGCCCUUGCCAGCGGCGCCUGCAACUGCUCGCGCGGAGACGUCUCCAACAAAGUCGGCUCCCGUCUUCCUCAAACCCCACAUUGUUUCGCCAACAGCUGAAGAAUUCCUACUUGUCACUGGCACUGGACCCUUGGACCCGGGCAUCGGGAUGUUUGUGAACCUUGACGGAGACCCAACGAGACCGACUGUCGAGUUUGACAGAUACCCGCGGGAAGUGGUGGUUGACGGUGGGGCCUCUAACCAGGCAUCGUCCAGGAUGGCACUGGAGCAGGAUGAGGAGGGAUACGUCAUUGCAUCCAUGACGAAGGACUCGGAAGCAGGGCUGCGUCACGGACUGGAGAUUCAAAGAUGGGAUUCGGACGGGACGGACCCAGAAACUUCUAAAUGGUGGUUGGAGACGGAAACAUCAGGAGGAGAUGAAACGACACCUUUGGGGAUUCGCUCGCUAAUGGGUACCGACGAGACCCAUUUCGAAGAGAUUGUCGAAAGACUUUGUCAGAGGAAGUUUUCCCCGUUUCCUGGAGGCCUUGCCGAAAACCCGAUAUUCUCACCGAGAAGCGCAGACUCUCGCACCGCAUCAUCUCUAGAGCAGAUGACGAAAGAGCGAGAACUGUUCGAGCGUGAUGUAGACUCCCAGGAAGAAGACGCAUUACCCGAAGGGUGGGAAGAAAACAGAAACGCUGAAGAGAGUGAGUUUGCAAGGCGACUGGCAAAUGCCAACUCCAGGAUAGCAGUAUGGGCAAAGGAUCAUAUUUGGUGGGCAAUUCGGAACCCGGCGUUGCUGCGGCUGGAAGCCCGACUAGAAGCUGCAUGCGAGCAAGACGGGACCUCAGACCCAUCCAAACUCAACCGACGUGCAAUUUUCACGGUACUCAACUCGUUUAGAGGGCAGGAUGCCAAAUCAGAGCUGGAGUUUGUGACAUUCAGUUACCUGCGCCAGCGUGCUGGUGUCCUUCUUCUUACCAACUUAUUACAUGCGACAGAGACGCCUUUCACAGAUGCUGAGUUGAAAGCCUUGGAGGAAGUUUUGGUGGAGAGUAGUCUGGAUCCUCGCGUUGUUUUGUCUUUGAUACCCGGCCUACGGAAUGAGAUUGUGGAGAGCCGAAGAGGCAUCUGGAUCUUUGGCGGCGUCAAGAGAACAACAGAGAACUACUUGGAAAGCGAGCAUUUUCAUAAAGACAGUCACUCAAUAGGGGACCUCGACGGCAAAGUCGUGCAGUUUCUGCGGCGGUUCCUAGCCGCGUGGAGAAAGAAGAAGGGAUUCGGCAGCGUUGCAGACGAGAGCGAGGUGUUCCGGACUGUCGAUGCCGCGUUGUUGCUGGUCCUCCUCGAGCUCGACCAGACUUCGCCCGCAGGCCUGGCGAGGAAGAGCUCGUCGGUCCGAUCAGAGUUAUAUGACGUUGUCGACAAGGGCGUAGAUUGCUUCGAUCGAGCUGCCUCCCUUUUGGAGUCAUACCACCGCCUCUUCGUACUCAGUCGACUAUACCAAAGCCGCAAGAUGGCGGGCGACGUUCUUGCGACCUGGCGGCGUAUCGUCGAGGGUGAGGCCGACUAUGGAGGCGAGCUGCAGGAUGGAGAGCAGCGCGUCCGUGAGUAUCUCACGAAGAUUAGCAGCCAGGCCCUCGUGAGGGAAUAUGGUGUCUGGCUCGCGAGUCGCAAUCCGAAGCUCGGCGUACAAAUCUUUGCAGAAGAUAAGGGCAAGGCGCCCGGCUUCGAGCCAGCGGAAGUUGUGGCCAUCCUUCGUGAAGAGGCUCCCGACGCAGUCAAGUACUACCUGGAGCAUCUUGUUUUUGGCAAGGGGCACACUGGUUAUGUCAACGACCUCAUCGCCUACUACUUGGACGUUGUUCUCAGCGAUCUAGAGACGUCGCAAGAGAGCCGAGACGCGUUUGCCGGCACAUACACAUCAUACAGAGCAUUACAGGCUCCGAAACCGACAUAUCGACAGUUCCUCACGGAUAACGCUCCCGAAGAUGACGAGGUCUGGCAGAGCCGGCUGCGGCUAUUGCAGUUGCUGGGUGGUGCACACCAGUACGACGCCGCCGCCAUCAGGGAGCGCAUAUCCUCGCUGCCGGACGAGCUUCUCGUCCCCGAGACCAUCAUCCUCGACGGCCGCGAAAGACGUCACGAGGAUGCCAUCCGGCUUCUCGUACACAAGCUGGGCGACUACGACACGGCUGUCUCGUACUGCCUGCGCGGCGGUUCGAGCAUCUACACGCGCCCGGACGGCAGGCGGGAGAGCACGCCGACGCACGACAUGCAAGCGCGGCUGUUCCGGGCUGUCCUCGGCGAGUUCCUCGCCAUACAGGACGUCAGCGACCAGAUUGAGCAGACGGGCGCGCUGCUGGAGCGUUUCGGGGGCUGGUUCGACGUCGAGGAUGUGCUGGCGCUGAUUCCCGACCAGUGGUCCGUCGAGGUCGUGGCUGGGUUCUUGAUGACGGCGCUGCGGCGUAUCACGCAGGAGAGGCACGAGACGACGGUCACCAAGGCUCUCAGCUCGGCGGAGAAUUUGAGAGUGAACCACGACUUGAUUCUCAAGGUGGAUGAGAAGGGACCGUCGAUUGAGGCGCCUAAUUAG